AGCUAUUCGUGUCACGCCGAUGCUCAAGCCUCGAUCGCGCAGCUUGGCGCUGCUAGCACAGGUGCUGCGACGCUCGUCGACGGAACCAAAUGUCCCUGCCUUGUUGAACGCGUCUUGGACCGUCAUAAACCCGCAGAUACCGCACCGAAACUCGUCCUUUGUGCCGCAGGGCGUUUUGGAUGGGCAACAGAAGCCUAACAAGAGACCAUCCUUCGCCAUCGCCGCCGCCUUUGAGGGGCACGAGGAUCUGGAAGAUGAUGAAGAACCCAUUCAUUUAUACGGACACGAGGAAGAACAUGAAGACCCGGAGGAGGAGCGUGCGCGCGUCCUUAAAGAGCAAUUUCAACGCGGCAUGGAGAAGAAAAAGCUCUGGAUGCAGUCGCUGGCCACACAGAACCUCUACACAGCCAUCGUCAAGAGUGUUGCUGACUGCUAUGCACCACUUUACGCAGUCAUGGGGCUGGAAGGCAAAUGCCCUUUGCUUGCGGUAGCUAGGGACGAGGCCAAGGAUGAGCACGAGCUUAAGACCCAGUACCAGCCGCUGCGCUUCGACGACAUGCUGACUAAAGCUACGGAGCAGGAGGCUCUGGCCCUGCUAGUCAUUGCCCAGCAACCGUUGCUGGCGCUGACUAUCGUUGAACACCGGGACAAGCUCUCCCUAGAACUUGCGAGACGCUCGAAAGCAGGAAUGGGCGUCGUACUACCAGGGGCGAACACUAUGGAGGACGAGAACGUUGUGGCAUUGGGCAGUCACCUCCGUAUGUUCUACUCGUGGGCAACAAGUGUCUACGCUAUGUGUGGUAAGACUUACUACUCCAAGUUGUUCGACAUCUACAAACGCGCGCAAGACGCCGGCGUGUAUGUGACAGCGAAUAUGAACGUCCAGUACUUAUCGGCGUUGAUCGAGGAGAAACGAUACGACGAAGUGUUUGAAUUUUACGAAACAGUCACUAGGGAUAAUCUUCCGACGUCGGUCUUCUUCUAUAGACAACUGCUGUAUGCAGUAUCUAUGACGCGCAACGUCGAGCUUUUGGACGGGAUUUUGGAAGAUAUGCGUAUCAAGGGCUUCAAGCUGCGUGCCGACGACUAUUUGCGUGCCAUUCGCACGUAUGACGACGAGUAUUUCCUUACUGAGACGAAGCCAAGCGAAAAACACGGGGCGAACAAAAGAUACCAAGGUGAACCCAAGACAGAGGAGCAGGAACCCGUGGUGACCACACCCAGAGAAUCAUACGGCACGUGCUUAAGGCGGAUUCAAGAGCAAGAGGAUCACCCAGAGCGCUUCGAGAAGCUUGUCGAAGCCGCUCACGGCGUGUUGGCGCUGUUCGAUACAAUGGUGGACAUUGAUGGCCUGGCCCCGAGACACGAGCAUCUGUUUCCACGUGUGAUCACAGCGGCCGUGUACGCCCAGGAAUGCGAGCGCGUCCCUGAACUCCUGGCUCUGCAUGCUGAGCAUGCUGACGACCCCCUCCACUAUGCAGGUGUCCGUAUGGCUGUAAACGCGCUCUUGUUGCUCGAUAAACCUACCGAGGCGUGGGGUUUGAUUCGCGAGACGAACCCGCAGCUUAAGCCUCAUCGUUACGCGCUGGUGACCAACAUUCUCGACUACUUGUGCUUGAAGAAACGCGGUGGAGACAUCAUCACUCUGAUGCACGAUGUGGAUAAACUGGAAGUGCGGGGCGUAUUCACCGUUGCCUUGAUCAAACGAUUGGUGCCUACACUUUGCCGCAGCGACAGCGUUAGUGACGAGAAGUUACUGGAGACCAUGACGCACUUUAACGAAGUCUUCCGCUUGUCUAGCGAACCUCAUUUCGGCCAAUUCCUUCGUAAAUGCUGUUAUUACGGACGGCUGGAGGUCGUAAAAACUGCUCUAAAGCAGUGGUUGGCCACCUCAAGCAACAAGCAUCCGUUAAACGGACCUCUUGGUCUUAAACUCCUCGAGGCGUUUGAGGGCGAGUCUGACUGGGAAUACAUGGCCGAAGUGUUCGAGUUGAUCGAUUUCUCUCUAACUCGAGAUGAAGAUAACCGCAAGGCUAUCGUGGCCUGUAUUUCGCGCGCCUACGAAGCUCUCGGUCAACCUGAACGCGUAAAGCGAGCAGAGUGCGUAUCGGCCGUAGCCGAGAAACUCCAGAAGCAAUUGCGACAACGCAAGUCAAUGAAGCAGCAGCAGAAGAAAAACUAUGAGCCCAAACGAUCUGGUAGAACGGGUGAUACUCAAAAUGUCCCAACCUCUUCAAGACCGACGAUGAUUGACGGUAUCCCCGUCCUUUCCUCGUCCUCAUAGAUCACGAUAAUGCAGAAUCGAGCACUUGUCAGGUACAGAUGGAGUGUGUUUGUUGGGUAAAUUAGUAUCGAUGAUACAUUGGACAAAGCAUGCCAACUACAGCACAUUUCGGUUCCCAGGAAGUGGCUUGGUCAAGCGGACUGGGAGAGGAAUACGCGGUGGAGUAGUCAACAACAGGCAAGAAGCUCGCACGCGAAAGAGUCUCAGUGUCACCAGUAGCAUUUUCCAAUUUAGCGAUGGGUCAUCCAUUCGAAGAACUCAAAAGAACGUGUAGCACGAAGUGCAUUUGUCUAAAACCAGGAUCCUGGUCUAUCGGAAAC